AUGGCAAGUCACUGGAGUGUCACUUGUUUGGCAGCACUAGCUCUGCUAUGCUGCUUGGCUAGCAAUGAAGCAGAGGCACAGACAUACCAUCAAAUGCCUCAAUAUCCCCAGAAACCUUGGCUGCCUCAGUACCCUCAGCAACCUCAGAACCCACAGCAACCUCAGAACCCACAGCAACCUCAGAACCCCCUCCAACAUCAACUUCAGAACUCUGAGCAACCUCAGAACCCUUUCCUUCAACCUCAGAACCUGCAACGUCGACAUCAGAACUCUGAGCAACCUCAGAACCCUUUCCUUCAACCUCAGAACCCACAGCAACCACAGAACCCACAACAUCGACUUCAGAACGCUCAGCAACCUCAAAACCCUUUCCCUCAACCUCAGAACCCACAGCAACCUCAGAACCCGCAACAUCGACUUCAGAACCCUCAGCAACCUCAGAACCCCCUCCAACAUCAAGUUCAGAACUCUGAGCAACCUCCGAACCCUUUCCCUCAACCUCCGAACCUGCAACGUCGACCUCAGAACCCACAGCAACCUCAGAACCCGGAAGAUCGACUUCAGAACCCUCAGCAACCUCAGUAUCCCUACCCUCAACCUCAAAACACUGUGCAACGUCUACAUCAGAUCCUUCAGCAACCUCAUAACCCUUACGCUCAACUUCAGAACCCCCAGCAAUUGCCAUAUGAAGCUUUAAAGCAUCAGUACCCUCCACAUCCUAAGCCCCAAAUGCCUACGAAGCCUCAGUAUUCUCAGCCACCGAUGCCUGCUUGGCCUCAGUAUCCUGAGCCACCGAUGGCUGCUUGGCCUCAGUAUCCUGAGCCACAGAAGCAUCAAACAGCCACCAUUCCUCCCCUGAGACCACACCAUAAAAGGUGUGAUGUGCCAAAAGCUUCAAGAGUACCAUGUGGAGCUCCAGGCAUUGCUGCCACUGAAUGUGAGGCCAGAAAUUGUUGCUUUCAAGGCCAGUCUUGCUACUUUGGAAAAGGAGUGACAGUCCAGUGUACCAAGGAUGGCCAAUUUAUUGUUGUUGUAGCCAAAGACGUCACCCUGCCCCACAUUGACCUUGAAACGAUAUCACUGUGGGGAGGAGGUCCAGGCUGUACACACGUUGACUCUAAUUCCAUGUUUGCUAUCUAUUUCUUUCCUGUUACUGCCUGUGGCACUGUUGUAUUGGAGCAGCCUGGAGUUAUAAUCUAUGAGAACUCUAUGACAUCUUCCUAUGAAGUGGGUGUUGGGCCUCUUGGCGCCAUUACCAGGGACAGCAGCUAUGAAUUACUCUUCCAGUGUAGGUACAUUGGCACCUCAGUUGAAACCCUGGUGGUUGAAGUUCUGCUGUUGAAUAAUCCUCAUGUGCCCGUUGCUGUUGGUCUUGGACCCAUUAGAGUGGUUCUGAAGUUGGGCAAUGGCCAGUGCAUUACAAAGGGUUGCAAAGAGGUGGAUGUGGCCUACACCUCUUACUAUCAGGCCUCAGACUAUCCUGUUGGCAAAGUACUGAGGGAUCCAGUCUAUGUGGAAGUUCAGCUGCUUAACAAGACAGAUCCCACACUGGUUCUGACUCUUGGACGCUGUUGGGCGACUACAGCCCCCAGCCCUCAUAGCCUGCCCCAGUGGGACAUUCUGAUUAAUGGAUGUCCAUAUGCAGACGAUCGUUACCUCUCCACACUGGUUCCAGUGGGUCCUUCAUCUGGUCUGAAAUUUCCAACUCACUACCGACGUUUCAUUUUCAAAAUGUUUGCCUUUGUGGACACCGACACAAUGGAACCCCAAAACAGAUAUGUGUACAUUCAUUGCAGCACAGCUGUGUGUGUUCCAGGACAUGGUGUGAGCUGUGAACCAUUAUGUCACAGUAAAGGAAAGAGAGACACAGAGGCUGCAGAGGAGAGGAAGGUUGAACCAAAGGUUGUGGUUUCAUCUGGACAAGUGAUUAUGACUGCCCCUCAGGAGUGAGCAGAGACAACCUCAGCAAUUCAACUGGGAACAUUUAGAAA